AUGUCGACAUCGAUGGCGCCCGCCUCGCGGAGGCCGAAACUCUCCCUCAGUAUCAAGCCUGCCACAGGCCCCAAGCCGAGAUCAUCCAAGACGCUCGCUGUCGUGGAUCCCAAGUCUCCGACGGCCUUCAACACACUGUCCAAUGUCUAUGUCACCGCCAUCGAGCGCUCGACGCCCGUCACUGCCAUCAACACUCACCAGACACCUCAGCUCCACAUUCACACCGGCAUGAGUGAUCUCAAGGAUCACCAGCGACGUAUCCCAAACCCCGUAUGCUGCUUCCUAUCCGGAGACGCCUCUGACGGCGAAUCCCGCUUCGCCAUCCGCCAUGGAGGCCUUCUUCCCCAGCAUCAUGACGGCGACGCCUCCACUAUCGAGCCGCGGACGCCCCGCAGGCGAGCCACCCUCUCCGGCUCAUCCGCACCAUGGCUCAAGCCUCCUUACUCGCACCCUCGGUCCCUUCACAGCAUUCUCCGAAACUCACCAUUGCCACCGCCCACAGCACAAACCCCAAUGUCGCCUAGGCGGCAGUCUCUCCGGCUCCAGGAGAAAGCUGCUCGUCGCGUGGCGUACAAUAGCCCCAUUGAACAGACCAUUAUCACGAACAAGUACACCAAGUCACACAUAGACCUGCUCAUCGACGACAUUUCGCCUCGGUCCCCCGCCCUCCCCGGCCAGGAUCCAGACACGGUUCUCGACCUUGCCCUCGCCUUCACAAGCGACGAGACGCGCGACGGAGGUCAAACGCCAGGACCUUUCGAGGAGAUGCGUCGGCGCAUGGCCGGACUCGUAGCCACAACACCGACAGCACUGUCACCGUCUGGACCUGGAGGUGUCCGUAAGCGGAGAAAGAAGGAGAAGAAACGGAGAUGGGUGUGGACGAUAGGGCAGGGCGAGGACGGCGACGAGGAAGUGGGCGGUGCCAUGGCGGCAAUGAGGGCCGUGGAGGCCAAGGCCGCUUCGGAGCCGCCGCCCCAGAUCACGAUACCGUCGCGGGGGGCGCAGUGCUUGAUGGAGGAUCUGCCGACGCCUAGCGUGGAGACGUUUGAUGAGUGUGAGGAUGUCGAGAUGGCCGACUCGAGCAGUGUCGCGUCAGACAGUCGAGCCGUGACACCCGGUGAUGGAGAUAUGGACCUGAAGACGCCGACGCUGGCGAGAAAGGGUGGCGAGGGGGUGGUAGCCAGGAGGAGCGUCGACCGGCUCGGGUCGGUGGACCUGUUCAACCCAGAGACAGGCAGCCGGAGAGAUACGCCGGUGCCGCCGGACAUGAUGGUCACAUGA